AUGCUAACAUACCUUUUCCCCCCAGACCCGCUCACUACCAAAUGGGUUCUAGGCUUCACCCUCAUCCUAUGCCUCGCCCUCUUCCUCCAUGCUUGGUUCGAAAGAUGCAAGAUCAGCAACUUGCUCGAUGAAGUCGGAGACCAAAGGAACAAUAUCCGGACCAAUAGAGUCAUGAUCCAUUUGUCGGGUGCUUUUCUCAAGCAGAGGCUUCUGCAUCAUCAACAAAGAAUCGAGCAACUGGAACGGGUGCAGGUUCAGGCUCUUGGACAGCGGGAGGUGGGAGGCGGCUUGCAGGUAGUGAGGCAGCAGCAGGAGGGUGCCGGUGCGAGUGCAAGGGUGUGGAAUAGGAUUUGCGUUCAUGGGGAAAGGAGUGACGACGGGUCGGGUGAGAGCGACGGAGACGGCGAUAGGGAUGAUGAGGACGGAGAGCCGGACGAAGAGAAGAAGGAAGAAGAGAAUGCAUGUCCACCACCACCCGCAUACGCCGAAUCGGUUGCAGAAGACGACAACGAGCCUCAGCGGAGCUCAAGCGGCGAUGAAAUCUACGGCAACGCGGCACCACCAUAUUCAAAAGCCUAUUAUUUGUUCAACCGGAACUGCGGCCAGUUCGUUGACAGUAGUCGCCUUUAUGCCCAGCGGUUUCUAUUAGCGCUCGACGACUACUGGUAUCCAUUUACAGACCCGUAUCCGCCACACGAUCCAGAGGGUCCGACCAAGCCUAGGGUGGGGGCGGAUAGCCGCUUCCACAGAAGCAAAUCGGGGCUUCUGAGUUGGCCGACGGGUCUACCAUCGAAGCUGAGUGGUCCACACGCAAUUAUUAAGGGAAAAGAUGGGAUAGAUUAUGAUACUGGGGAUCUAAAGCAAUAUCACCAGAACCAUGGGAAUCUUCGGCCGGGGUGGUUGCCAUCGUCGUCGCCAGGGGAUAGUGAACGGGGAAAUCGUAGGGAGAAGAAAGGAAGCCAAGAACGUGGACAACGCGUCCAAGCGUCGGACAAAUUAGCGAGAAAGUCGAACAGAGAAAGCAAGAGCGGGGAUGAAAUGGGAAAGGCGAAGAGUAAGGAGAGCCAAGAAGUUGGUGGGAGCGUCCGGCUAUCGAACAGGUUGGCGAGAAAGUCGAAUGUAGGAGCGAGGAGCAGGGAUGAACCAGCGAACAAGAAGUCCCAGGACGCAGAUCAGGAUCUAUACUUAGAUCCCCCACCAUCCGUCCGACUUCGAGGUGGAGGUGGCGGGAAGCAAGACAACAACAAUGCUCACUACAGCCCCACCAGCGAUGGAGUGUAUGCCUACUUCGCUCACUCCCCGCGCAAACCUCACGAAGACCCCGAGACUAGCUUACGCGGACCUGACACAUGUGCUUCUCCUCCAGUUGGUAUCUACGACUACUGGCCUCCGGUUUCUCCAUCUACGUCGCCGACUCCAGAUAACCGCGACUAUGACAGUGCAGAGGUGGCGUAUGCGCGUGAACCGCGCAGAAAAGAGAGGCCGGCUCUUGAUGAGGACGCUACAUUGGAAGAGCUUUUGAAGGAGGCUUGGGGUGGCCAUGAAGAAGAGGCGGCAGAGGAGACGGACUGGCAAUGGGACUUAUACGAUGAGUUUUCUCUUGUAAGAGAUACGGCUACCGACGCAUUUGUUCCCAACGAACAACAACAACGGCAAUUUGAAGAAGAAAAGUUGCUUUUCGCGAGAUAUGGCGACCUGUUACCUAAUCCGUAUCAGACGGAAGCACGUCAGCCAGAGCCGGAACGAUCUCACCUACUUCCCCAACGUAAAAGCCAGACUAUCCAUCGCCAUGGAUAUAAACAGCACGCAGAUCAACACGCCGAACGGCAAGAGCCAAUGCCUCACCCAACCUCGCACCACAAUCUUCUAGCACAUCACGGCUAUCAGACACCCUCUUCUAGCUCCGCUCGCUCGCUGUACAGUCUGCCCACGCCCUGGCCUCAAGAUCAGCCAGAGGCACGUUCUUCUCUCUCCCUCUUUCCACCUGCUUUCGAUCCAAACACAACAGCCAGGCCGCCUACGUCCCAAUUUAUGGAUAGAGGCACCAGUGCAGGCCGAGAUACUCCCAAAAGACGUAAAACCCAAGAUCCUGUCCGUCCGCACUGCCUCCUAUGUGACGCCGUAGAAGGACGGUAUCUGAGUGCUGCGGAUCCAGAUUCGGAUAAGAGACAAGCGGAGGAGAGUGUUCGAAUUCAUCUAAAUAUGCGUGGGGCACUGAAUCAGCAGAACGAAGAUGGACCACCUGCACCACCGAAUCGCCGACAGAGCAGACCCUAUUAUAGCCCAUUAAUUGCAUAUCCGGGAGGAGCACCAACCCACAAGGAGCGGGUGUUAGCAGAAGUGCAAGAAGAGCCAGACGAGAGUGUGGCUCGGAACGUCGAACUCUUGAGACAGGCGUUGGAGCACCUCAUGAUGUAG